AUUCCCCCGGAGCUGGCAAGGGUGCAGAUCUGGGGAUUCCCUUCCGGCUUGCUUCUACCUCCUUCCCCCGACACCGUCCACGGUGAGGCGUGGGGAUCAGGAAGCAGUUCCAUUCCUUCCGCCUGCCACCCUGCAAACCUCUGGGACUGGAAUGAACGCUUGCCACCAGCAGUCUUAGACCCGUCUAGGAGCCGGUUGUCGGGGGAAAUGGACUCGAUGACCUUCGAAGAUGUGGCUGUGAACUUCACCUGGGAGGAGUGGGCCCUGCUGGACGCCGCACAGAGGCAGCUCUACAGAGAUGUGAUCCUGGAGACCUGUGGUCACCUGGCCUGUGUGGACUGGGCGACUCGACAUCAAACCAAAGACUCGACCCCUCGGCAGAACAACCUUGCUAAAAGGACGUUUCAGGAAGUGAACAGAGCACACCUGGCGAGCAGCGGUUCCCGACUCUCCGAUCUCAGAGAAGACUGGAUGUCCCAUAGAAUAGAGGUGCCGGGCAAACAGAGAGGGCGAACAUUGAAACAAGUUGCAGCUGCCCAUGAGAAAGAUGCCUCUCCCAUUGGAUUCUGGGAAUAUCCCCAAAUGAGGGACAUCUCUAACCCUGGCCAGAAGAUUGUGCCAUCACAGGGAGAUUCCACAAGAAAACAUAACCCAAGAUGUAACUCAGACAUCUUGAAACAAAUUCUCCUCUUACACAGUAAUCAAAAAAUCUUUACAAACAACGAAGAUGACCAAGUCAAGUGGCAGGAAAUGCCAUGGACUUCACCUGCGAGAACUCAGACAGAGCUGAAAUCAAAGGCGCGGAUGGAUCAUCAGAACGACCUGCUUCAUUUGCAGGCUGAAAUGUACAUGGGUGUGAGCAUCCACAAACACUGUCCACGUGGGAAAGCCUUAGGGGGAGACAUCUCCCUUAGGACACGAGGGAUGCCCCUGAAAGAGAAACCUCGUCAUUCUCAUCAGUGUGAAAACACCUUCCUAAAUAACUCUCUCCCUGCUGGGCAGACGCAACCCUGUGAGGCAGAGACAAAUAAUGAGAAUAAUCAAAGUGGGAAGACAUUUGUCCCUGUUCAGAGUUCCGAUUCGCACAGGAGAACUUCGAUGGGAGUGAAAAGCUAUAAGUGCAGGGACUGUAGGAAGGCCUUCGUGUAUCAAUCGUCCCUUAAGAAACACAUGGAAAUUCACACGGGAGAGAAGCCCUAUGCAUGUGAGAAUUGUGGGAAAACCUUCAAAUAUAUCUUACACCUUAAUAAACAUAUGAGAAAUCACAACCUGAAGACCUUUGAAUGUCCGGAAUGUGGGAAAAGCUUCAACAAGUCCUCGAAGCUUAAGGAACAUGUUAGGAUUCACACUGGAGAGAAACCCUAUAAAUGUCAGGAAUGUGGGAAAACCUUCAAUAAGUCCACAAAGCUUAAGGAACAUAGUAGGAUUCACACUGGAGAGAAACUCUAUAAAUGUAAGGAAUGUGGGAAAAUCUAUACUAAUUCUUCAAGUCUUAAAACCCACCUGAAGAGGGUCUGCGGAUGAAAGGAAUGGGGAGAAGCCUUCAUUCAUUUUCUCAAAGUACUGAGUGCAGAAGGAGGACGUGAUAGCAGGGAGCUCAGUGAAUGAACAAAGAUGGUAACGUCUUCUCUGAACUCUCAGAUCUUACAGAAAUGUAAGAUUUCACACUUUUAUUUUUUUAAGGGGAAUAUGGGGAAGCCCUCAGUGUUUCAAAUGUACAGUUCCUGUAAAGACACACUGCAGGACUUCCCUGGCAGUCCAGUGGGUAAGACACCACCCUCCCACUGCAGAGGUUUGAUCCCUGGUGGGGCAGCUAAGAUCCCACAUGCCAUGUAGCAGGGCCAAAAAAGUAAAAAAUAAAACUCACACUGCCAAGGCAUCAUAUGGGAUUAAGGAAUGUGGGCACACCUUACAUACUCAUCCCUCACUUUACACAUGAGACCAAACCCUGGAGAGAGACCUCUCAUCAGUAAUAGAUUUGAGAAAGCCUUUAUUUCCCUCUCUUCACAUGCAGGGCACAAAUGAGUCUUAAGCUCAGUCGUGUCUGACUCUGCGACCCCCAUGGACUGUAGCCCUCC